AUGAUGAAGACGACUUCUGCCCUCGUUUGUAAGUUUUCCCCCCAUUCUCCUCUUCACUUAUUCCGAUAUUGUAGUGUUGUUCGCCGUGUUGGCUACCGCCUAUUCGGUCCCAAUUGGCCACAAUGAUCAGUGUGGAGCGGUGGACAUUACCAAAAUGGCGAAGCGAUACGUGCCAGUCCGUAAGUCAUCGGCACAAUUGAUCAGGAAUCCAGAAUCGGUUCCAGAAAACUCGGAUGCGACGUGUGAGAUCUGUCUGGAUCUCGUUCUGAUCGCCGAGAUGUACGCCGAGUGCGAGGAGGCGAUUAUGGAGCAUCACAUGGAGGCGUACUGCGUCGAGCACGUCAAGAACAAGGCGUCGCAGGCCGCCUGCAAACUCAUGGUCGACGAUAUCGCCCACGUGAGUUCUUGCUUUUCUUUGCUUUUCGAGACAAUUCGCUUUCGUUUGUGCAGGCCGUUAUCGAGGACACCGACGAGAACCCGACGGCCGUUUGUAAAAGGACCAUUCACAAAACGUGUCCCUACAAUAACUGA